AUGGCCACCACCGCGCCUCCUUUGUAUCCACAAUCAUCAGUGUACCAGCGUCCAGCGCCCAUCGUCCCUGCGAUGCCGGUCGCGGUCCCAAAUCCGCCCCGCGCUCCUCUUCCAACUUGUGUCCAAGCGCUGCAUUCCACAUAUGCCUCCAGACUAAGAACAGGUGUAUCAUUGCUUGUGCAACCUAUCUUCGCUUCAACCUCGACUUCCAAUCUCACGAGGGCAACUAGACGAGGAGGGGUCAUCAAUUAUGCUGAUCCAGGCUCGGGAGACGACAUUCCUGAUGCUGGUGCACUGGAUACAGAUGACUCAGACUUUGUGGCGAGUGGGGGCACACGGACGUCUAUCAGACAGUCAAGAAAUCGCAGCAAUGUCUCCAUGAAUGUUUAUAAUGCGGUAACAGGAGCAUCAACACCUCGGGCAGGCGCUGCAUCUCCGCGCCUUCAAAAGUCUGAAGUUGAUCAAAGCUACCUAGGCCUCGUUCCUCCGGCAAGAUUUAUAAAAUCACGAGUGAUGCCUCCAACCGCUCACGAGUAUCCGCCGCCUGACGUGAUGGAACAUCAUGCGAGAAAUAGGACAUCUCUAGUACCAAUCCGUGUCGAAUUCGAAACAGAAACCCAUCGAAUAAGAGAUUGCUUUACUUGGAAUAUAAAUGAAACUCUGAUCAAGCCCGAAAACUUUGCCAAAAUUUUCUGCGACGAUUUGGACAUUCCUUCAGCCGUAUGGGCGGACACCGUCGCUGCUCAGAUACGGGCUCAGCUGGAAGAUCACGAAGGAGUCGCGACAAUGGAGCUGGGGCAGGACGGCGCGUUGGAUGUAGAUGCCGCACCGCCAAAUGGGGAGCAGCUACCUGAAUGCCGUGUUAUUCUCAGCAUUGACGUCCAGAUAGCAAACCAUCAUCUGAUGGACCACAUCGAAUGGGAUCUACUAUCGCCUCUCACUCCAGAAGCAUUUUCGAUCAAACUAUGUGCAGAAUUAGGCCUUACGGGCGAAGCCGUGCCUCUCGUUGCACAUGCAGUGCACGAAGAACUCAUGAAACAUAAAAAGGAUGCGAUCGAGUGGGGUGUUAUUGGUGGAGAUAGAGACGAGAGGGGUGAGGAGCCCGCGGCAACUGGAGAAAAGCGAGAUCGUAGUGGAUUUGGGUUGAUGAAGGACAAAACUGGUUUGGGUCUUGGGUGGGGCCGAGCGCCAAGAGAUGGCCGUGGACCCAAAACGUUGAAGAGUGUAUGGAGGGAUUGGGCAGAAGCAGAAGAAUUCAAGACGACUUUUGAGGAGUUGACUGCUGAGGAAAUCGAGAGGAGGGAGAACGAGAGAGAACGGGCUACCAGACGACUCAGGAGAGAGACGUCUAAGUUCCAGAGUUCGGUGCGCAGUCACAGGCGGAGGUGA